AUGAUGCACAUGACCUUCUACUGGGGCAAAAGGGUCACCAUCCUAUUCGAUUCAUGGAAAACCGAGUCGUGGCCGGCCUACUUUCUCUCUCUACUCGCCUGCCUCUUCAUCGCCGUCUUCUACCAGUACAUGGAGGACCGGCGCCUCCGGUUCAAGAUGCUGCCGGCGACCCGGAAGAAUCUGGCGUCAAACGUGCCGUCCGGAGCCGCCGCGCCCCUGCUCCUCUCGAAGGCCGGGUGGGCCCCGUCGCGGUAUGCCGGAGCGAUCUUGUUCGGGGUCAAUUCGGCGAUCGGAUAUCUUCUGAUGCUGGCGAUCAUGUCGUUUAACGGAGGCGUGUUUGUGGCGGUGGUGGUUGGUUUGGGCUUUGGGUAUUUUCUGUUUAGGUCCGGCGAGGGGGAUUUGAUUGCGGCGGUGGAUAAUCCGUGUGCCUGUGCUUAA